UGCAAGUUAUUGCUUGUAUGAUUGUAAACAGCGCAGUUAAAUCGUUGGACUAAUUUGGAGACGAGCAUUAGUUUAUAAUCGACCUUACAAGGGAGAGCUUUCCUGGAAUAGCUGAAUUAUUCAUUAAUCCGUGGAAUAUUACUAGUAAAUUCGUGUUCAAUUAAAGCUGUUUAAUUCGUUGGGCGUGACAUUUACAAGAAACGGUUGUUGAAGAAGUAAACUGAAAAAGAGAAAAAAACGUACACGUUAGAUCCAUAACCGUACAAGACAAACGUCAGAUCAGCAAUGGCAUUUGGUGGGAAGGUAGUAUUAAUUACAGGAGCGAGUUCUGGAAUUGGUGCAGCUACUGCAGUGCAUUUCUCUCAAUUGGGAGCUAGUCUGUCACUUACUGGUCGUAAUACUGAAAACUUGAAUAAAGUUGCAGAUCAGUGUACUGUAUUGGAAGAUCAGCCAAAGCCAUUUCUUGUUACUGGUGAACUGACAAAUGAAGCAGACACAAAAAGAAUUUUGGACUCAACUGUUAAACACUUUGGUAAGCUUGAUGUUCUCAUCAAUAAUGCAGGAAUCUUGGAAGCUGGAGGAAUUGAGUCUACAUCAGUGGAACAGUAUGACAGGCUGUUCAACAUUAAUGUCAGGUCUGUGUACCAUUUAACAAUGUUGGCAGUUCCAUACUUAAUAGAGACCAAAGGAAAUAUUGUAAAUGUGUCUAGUGUGAAUGGAAUGAGGUCUUUCCCAGGGGUUUUGUCAUAUUGCAUGUCAAAAGCUGCUUUAGAUCAAUUCACUCGCUGUGUUGCUUUAGAUCUGGCUCCCAAGAAAGUGCGUGUUAACAGUGUAAAUCCAGGAGUUGUAGUAACUGAACUCCAGAAACGUGGAGGAAUGGAUUUGGAAGCUUAUGAGAAGUUUCUGGAACGUAGUAAGCAGACACAUGCAUUGGGUCGCCCAGGACAACCAGAUGAAGUGGCUCGAGCAAUUGCAUUUUUGGCCAGUGAUGAUGCAAGUUUCAUUACAGGAGAAACCUUGCCAGUGGAUGGGGGGCGACAUGCCAUGUGUCCUCGUUGAAGUAAUACUUAUAUCAUGUUAUAUAAUGAAUUAUAUGUAGGUAAAAAAUAAGCCGUGGGUUUGAUAAUUUGUUGGGAUAAUAUUUAAGUUUUAUUAUAUAAAUGUAUGGCCAUGAAUAUGAAAUUAUAAUCCAUAUUGUAGAAUAAAUUGUGAUUUAAUUACUGUAUGACAUAGAAAGUUAAAUAAAUAAACAUACAUGCCUUUCUUAUA